UUUGUCUGUCUGUCCAAUUUUUAUUUUGAAAUUUUUUUGAUGGUUUUAUUUCAAAUCUUUUUCGACCGUUUUUGUAUUUUAUUAUUCAUCUUGUUAAUUUCAGUCUCUUACUAAAGUCAAGGAUAUGCGCUUCUGAACAUUAAACUCAUGUCAAUAAUUCUAUUACUAAUGCUUAAGAGCACUGCAGCUUUUAUCCCCCUGAUCUUAAUCAAAAAAAUAUAUUUUAAAAGUGUGAAUUAAGUGAAACUUGAGCUAGGAUGGAUGAUCCAGAGAUUCUAGAAGUCGAGGAUGAUUAUUACGGAUUCCUGAAUGUCCCAAAAGAUGCAACAAUUGAGCAGAUAAAUAGCGCAUAUAAGAAUUUGUCUAGAACUUAUCAUCCUGACAAGCACAUAGAUCCAGAGGCGAAGAAAAAUGCAGAAAUAAUUUUUAAUAAGCUCAAACAGGCUCAUGAAGUUUUAACGAAUCCAGAGAAAAGAAACAUUUAUGAUUUAUUAGGAAUGAAGGGUUUGCAGACUGAAGGAUGGGAAUUGAUUCAUAGGAAAGCAUCUCCAACGGAAAUUCGAGAGGAAUAUGAGAGGCUUCAAAGAGAAAAAGAGGAACGACGGCUUCAACAGCUGACAAAUGCUAAAGGAAACAUCACACUCAACAUUAAUUGUACAGAUAUCUUUAAUUCAUAUGAAACUGAUUACGAUGAGCCUAGUUUAUUGCAAAGCAUUGAGAUAUCGGGAAUGAGUAUGUUCCAAUCAAUUGAGGUUCCUAUGGCUGAAAACAAUACUGCAAUUUUGUCUGGUAAUUUAAAUGUUUCGAAUGGACAAGGAAAUGGAAGGUUUAAUUUAACUGCACGACGAAUUCUAAGUUCCAAAGGAUGGAUAGAAUUGGAUAUGGGUGCUGGCAAUGGAGUGUCAUUUGGUGGAAAAGGAUUAAGAAAUUUUGGAAAGCGAUUUUUUGUGAAUGGUCAAUUAAACAUGAGUGUACGUCAAAAUGGGAUUGUGCCAUCGCUUGUUGGUUCCUUAGCUGUUCAAUUAGAUCGGCAUACUGUAGGCUAUUUAACAUAUACAGUAGCUGGAUUAUCAACAUCUUUAUCGACAAUAAUUGAAAGAAAUUCAGAGAAGAAUUACGUCAAUUUGACAUUUUCUCUAGGCUUGCCUCAUUCCUUUAUUGGAUGUAACUAUAUUCGUAGAAUAACUGAGUAUGAGGCUAAAGUGAAAUUGUCUGGAAAAGUUGGAACUUUUGGCUUCCUUACUGAAUAUGGUCUAGAGAAAAAAGUCAGUAAAUACUCAUCAGUUCAUGCAUCUGUCAUGAUUGGCGUGCCAAGCGGUGUAGCUCUUAAAAUUCGCUUUAUUCGAUCAACACAAUCGUACAACUUUAUGAUCCAGCUUAGUGAAGAAAUCAUCCCAGCUGCUGUUUUUUAUGCAACAACCGUACCCAUUGUUUCUUAUCUUAUUUUAAAGAAAUGCAUAUUGGAACCAAUGCAAGCAGAGCAGCAUAAAAAAGUUGUUGAAAAGAAAAAGGAAGUCAAUGAAGAAAGACUGCUGCAAAAGCGAAAAGAAGCACAAGCUGAAGUGUCAUUAAUGGUAGCACAAUAUGACCGAAUUUGUACGGAGGAAGUGUCUAAAAAUGGAUUAAUUAUUUUAUACGCCUUUUAUGGAACCUUUGAUGAUGACAAUACGGCAAUUGACGAGCUAGUUCCUGAAGACGAUUCCACUUUUAUCGAUGUUAAAAUUCCAUUACAAUGUCUCACAAAAGACAGCGAAAUUCUAGUUCAUACUACAUUUAAGUACGACUUGCCAGGAUUUUUUGAUCCAGCUAUUGGCGAAGAUAAAGUACUUAAAGUUCAAUAUAAGUUUAAGGACAGUGUCAACACAGUCACGCUUGAAGAAAAGGACGAAAUCAAACUGCCGCUGCAAUAAUAAUUAUGAACCAAAAAAAAAAUACCAGAUUAUCACUGAUGUCCUGCAUAGAGAAGUUGUUAUUUACAUUCAGAAUGUAGAAUGAAAUGGUGUUUAAAUAAAUAAAUAAAUUUUAUAAUGUAGACUUAA